AUGGCUCGAAUAGGGGCUUGGUGUAAGGGCGCCCCCGCCGAGGCGGAGCGCCUCCCUGCCCGAGUGCCGCUAGAGAUGCAGCAGGAGAUCGAGCGAACCACGCUUCUCACGUCCAAGGAAAUACAGGGGCUGUAUGAUCGAUAUCGAAAGUAUGCGCCUAAUGGCCGCCUCCUCUUUUCGCGCUUCUGUGAUACAUUGGGAGUUCUAGGAAUGCUCGACGACACAAUGAUAGCCGAGCGAAUGUUUAGAGCUUUUGACCAAAACAAGGACGGAGAAUUGAGCUUUACGGAAUUUGCGACUGCGCUGGGCAUCAUGAUGCGAGGCAAGGACGAUGAGAAGUUGGAUCUUUCCUUCAAAAUCCUCAAUCCAACCUACUCCGGGACAGGAGAGUGCCUGGAGGACUAUCGUUCGCAUUCUGCUUCUUCUUCAGACACGGAAAACGCGGUGCCUGCUGAUCCGCCUCGCAACGUGGAUAGCCGUCCUGCGGGAUCCAGAGCGUCUCUAGAAGGGACAGAGGGCGAUGCCAUCCCCGGAGAUGGGGAUGUUGCUGCCCCCACUGCCGCUGAGCUAUCCUCGUCUCAGGAUGUGCGGAGUGUUUCCGAGGAGGGGCCAGAAAUAAUACUCCCCAGAUCCUUCGGCGUAUCCUGCAGCACGUUAAAGGGGCAGCAGACGAGGCCUUUGGCAGCAACGGUUUCCUCUCCAGCGCGCGGAAGUCGCGAUAUGCGAUGGUUCGAGCGCCACAAGGCGGUAAUUUACGCAGACAGCUUGGGCCUGGAGGAGUUCAUGGACCUGGUGCGAUGUCUACAAGCCUCAAGACGGGCCUUACUGGGUGGCGAGGGCAUAGUGGCACCCGACGAGGAUAUUGCAACUGUGUUUCUGCCUCUUGCCUCCGAGAUGCCGGAUGGGUCGCGCCGGAUGCUGCUACGCGACUUCAAACGCGCUGUCCUCUGCAGUCCACGAUUUUUAUGCCUCCUAGGCGUGGUCUCAAAUGGUGGAGCUGCCCCUUCCUUCUACCCCGAUGGCCUCAUUGCCGCGAGGUCGGACAGGAGACCGUCGCUGCUCUCCGCAACUGCACCCUCCGCACAGGGGGCCCCUGCGCGAGGCCGCCAGAGUUCUGCGGAUUUACGCGCUUCUGUCCGAGCUGAACUGCUGCGGCGAGUGCGUCAGGCAGAGGCGCGUGCAGAGCAGCAGCAGCGUAAGCUGCAUCAGCAGCAGCGCGAGCAGCUGGAGGAGCUCGCCAAGAGCUUAAGGGAGGUUGAGCGGGAUGUGGAGGCAGUCAAGGUAGCCCUUGCGCAGGAGGCCCCUAAAAAGAGUCUCCCGGUGUCUCCUAAAUCGCCAGCUGCAGAGGCGCUCUUGGAUACACUCCAGGAGAGUCCUUAUGGACGCCUUUGCAGCAGUCCCGUUCGCGAUAUUCCCUCGAGGGAAGAGGUCAGUCUCUCCGCAAGAAAACGGCCUGUAUUAGGCUCUUUCAAUGCGUCUGUCUCACCAGCAGCGAGAUCUGCGCAUGCUUGGGGAGGGGCCUUGUUAGAGCGUGCAGUUUGCGACGCAUCACCCCCUCCAGUCGCAAGCGCAGCCACUGCUGCUGCAGCUGCUGCAGUUGCUGCGCUGCAGCAGGCUGAGAAGCAGCUUAACCGCAUCCUAGAAGAGAGCAGCUGCGCCGUGCCGAACCCCCUCAUUCACAUUGCAGAUCAGCUCCUUAUCGGCCUAGGAAGCAGCAUGAGCCUCGAUAGCUCCCAUAACAUUCUACUUUCGGGGGAUGCUUUUCAGGGGGGGCAGAAACCAUCCACAGUCACCAACGAUCUUCCCAACAAUCCUGUUCGUAGAUCGCUGCUUCUUCCUAAGCUAACCGCGGAGCCUCCGGGGAGGAGUCUGGACGAAUCUCAAAUCUCCCCCGCUGGCGGCUCGACAAUGAUGCUCUCCGAGGGGUCAAAGCGGCACAAAGUUUACUUCGCAGAUGGACAGCAGAGAGCUUCUUGUGAAGAAGAAGCAGGUAUGAGCCAUUGCAGGCAAACAGCAAUUUCUUCUCCAAUAUCUGUUGCAGAAGGGCUGGCUCUCUUCUCUAGCGCUCCGAAUGCCGAAAGGAUUGGCAGUUCGACUGAUAUCGCAACCGCUGAUGUAGAGAGGUCUGCGGGAAAGGAGGCCAAGGGCUUUGUCGUUCACUUUGGGCAUCAGUCUUGGAAUAUGGUGAUAAACAUCAUGGUUGGCAUCCGCUUGGCGGGGGGCCGUGCGAUGAGCGAGCCUCACAGAGCAGUUGAACCUUACGAUUUCCUUAUGAAAGAGAAGUUCUCUGUGCUACCAAAGACUGGAAUGGUGGACAAGCAAAAGCGGAAAGCUGCCCUGUGUGCAGUUCGCUUCAUCGAUUAUGCGCCAAUGGUCUUCCGCCGCCUACGCGCAAUAUUUGGCAUCGACUCUUUACUUUAUAUUCGAUCCGUUGGUCCGGAGCAGCUUCUGGGUAACCUUAUCCUCGGAAAUUUAGCGUCUCUUUCCGAACUAGUUUCUGAAGGCAAGAGCGGUUCCCUCUUUUACUAUACGACCGAUGGAAGGUUUAUGAUUAAGACGGUUUCAAAAGAGACGGCAAUUUUUAUGCGCUCCAUUUUGUUCGAUUACUAUAAGCACGUCUCCACAUGCUCGAACACUCUGCUUACCCGUUUCUGCGGCCUCCACGCACUUCGGCUCAAAGACAAAUCUGGGCAAAUAUUUGGACUCAAGGAGCCUUGGAGGCGCAAGACAUAUUUCAUGGUUAUGGAGAAUUUCUUUCACACCCCCGUGGAGAUACACCGCCGUUACGAUCUCAAGGGGUCAACGCAAGGGCGCUCUCUGCCACCUGAGCUUCUUGGUGACUCUACGGUGGCGCGCAAGGAUAAUGACAUCAUACGAGACGGAGAGCUGGCAAGUCUCACAAUUGAAAUAGGUCCAGAGCGCAAACAACUUUUCAUUGAUCAACUAACGAUUGACGCCACCUUCCUCAGGGACCACGGGAUUAUGGAUUACUCCUUACUUUUAGGAAUCUCCUACGCUCACCGGACGCAAGAUUUCACCUUUUGUCAGAACGGCACUUUGCAAAUCGACGAAGAGGCCCGUUUUUGUCAAUUCAUGUCGCCCGCUGUGCUCUCCGCGUUCUUGUUUACAGGCACGGAGUUCGAACGGCCUUUCUGGUGUAGAGAUCUCGGGGGCUUGCAGAGCACCGAUCGAACGCGGUUGUAUUACAUGGGGAUUAUCGAUAUUUUGACGCACUGGAAUUCCAGGAAGAAGGUGGAGCAUAUUGCUCGCGUCCUUCAGACAGGAAACGCAUCGGGGGUUUCUUGUGUGAACCCAACUCAAUAUGCCCAGCGCUUUGUUGACUUCAUUUCCCGACACACUGUUUGA